AUGCCUGCGGAACGUCGCUGGGACCAACGGGAGUACCGUAUCGUCGAGUCUGCCUCUCACAAUAAUAAUGCCCGUACGGUUAUUAUUGAAACGACCACCGCCGGCACCUCCGUUCCUCCUCACUACCACAGCCGCUUUUCGGAGACGUUCGAGCUCAUCAAUGGCUCCGUAUCCGUCCAUACUGGACCAGCUGACACCUCUGAACUAGCCUUCAAGUCGACUCUCACGCCACUGGAGCCAGGAAAGCCUAUGACCGUACCACUAGGCUGGUACCAUCAGUUCAUAGUAGGGAAUGAGAUCAUGGUGUUAAUGGACUUGACGGACGCGCACCCCCUCUGGAAGGUUGGUGAGAUGUUGAUUAAUGUGAGGAAGGAGAGGUCGGAGGCAAUUGAGCAGAUGAAGGAAGACUUACUGAAGAAGUAUGAUACUCCUGAGGCUUUGGCACGUUUGAUGGCGGAUUGA